CGGUUAAUGAGGACACGUCACUCAUUCGAUUGAGGAAGAGGACCUGUGCAAAGCUCGUUUUUGAACCCGUUUUUGUACAAAUUAGACGGCAAAAUCAUGUCAAAUUCGGUCAUAUCAGUUAUUUCUCGGUUUCUAGAGGAGUACACCACCACGACGCCUAACAAGCUGAAAGUGGUGGAUGCAUAUUUGCUGUACAUUUUGUUGACAGGAGCGCUGCAAUUCCUCUACUGUCUGCUCGUCGGCACUUUCCCCUUCAAUAGCUUUCUGUCGGGCUUCAUCUCAUGUGUGGGCGCUUUCAUUCUCGCAGUGUGUCUUCGUAUCCAGAUCAACCCACAGAACAAAGGAGAGUUCCUGUCUAUCUCCCCAGAGAGAGCCUUUGCUGACUUUCUGUUCGCUCACACCGUCCUUCAUCUGGUUGUGAUGAACUUCAUUGGCUGAAAAGGACGUGCAUCUGACUCAGUGUCCCACUCUCACAAGAGAUCACGACAAGAGAAGUUAUCAAAACUGUCCUUUAAGACAUGAUGCUACAUCUGCUUUUGUGACACUGAUUUGGAGAGUCCCAUCCCACCAUCAACAAUGAAUUAGCUGCAUUUUGUCACAUAUGCAGUACAAUUUUCUUACCAAAAAUGGUUGAUUUCGUCAUUUUUUUUAUGUUAAAAUUUGUAAAGCAUUCCCUUUUUGCACCAAGAAGAAAUAAAAUAACUGAAAUGGUGA